AUGACAGCACGCAAGCAACGAUCCAGCACGCCGGCCGCCGCACCGCCAAGACGGAGUGGUCGGAUCCGCCACAAGACUUCGCCGUACUUUGCGGCCAAAGUAGCACGACGAUCGUCGAACACGCAGGGUGCCGUCAAACCAGUGGUCAAAGUCGACAAGGGGAAAGCGGCGGUCAAGGUCGAAAGCGAGGAUCCAGGCGAGGUGGUUCGGGUGCACGGACUUGCGCGGCAGCCCAACUUUUACGGCCUCAUCCAGGAGCUGGUGUGUCCCAACGUCUUUCGGCUCUUGACUGCGACGUGUCUGCUGAACCAGACGAAAGGACGGGCGGCGAUGCCUGUGUUUUGGCAGCUGCUUGAACGGUGGCCCGACGAAUCUGCGCUCGCCAACGCCGACUUGGCAGAACUGACGACGCUGUUGCAGCCGCUUGGACUUCACAAUAUCCGCGCGCGGAGACUCAUCGCAAUGGCCCAAACCAUGGUGCAAAUUCCCUACGAUGAAGCCAAUCUGUUCAAGAGCAGGGAUAGAAGCGCACCCGAUACGCCGAUUGGUGUCUACCCCGGCGUGGGGCGGUACGCGAUUGAUAGCUGGCGCAUCUUUGUGUGUCGAGGCGGAGCAGCUGUCGGUCUGCAUGGCGACGUACCCACAAGCCCAUUUGACACUUCGGCGCGAGAAUGCUACAAGCCGAUCAAGAGCGAGGUAGACGAAAAGCCCGAAUGGAUGUCGGUCAUGCCGCUCGACAAGGAGCUUCGAGCCUACCUCGUGUGGCGGUGGGCCAAGGAGGGACACGUUUGGGAUCCACACCGCGGCGUCGUCUCAGCACUACCUCCAGAGUAA